GGCGCUGCUGGGAGCCUCUGGGCUGCUGCGCCGCAGGAGGAUGUCUCGCCGGGAGUCUCCGCCGCCACCCUCACCACCUCCACAGCUGAUGGGAGUGCAGAGAGGGAAGGAGGAGUGUGAGGACCGUCCAGAACGUGCGGAGCCGCUGUCCGACACUGAGAGGGAGAUCAUCCAGGACACUUGGGGACACGUCUACAAGAACUGUGAAGAUGUGGGGGUGUCUGUUCUCAUAAGGUUCUUUGUCAACUUCCCUUCAGCCAAACAGUAUUUUAGCCAGUUUCAGGACCUGGAGGAUCCUGAGGAGAUGGAGCGGAGCAGCCAACUUCGGCAGCAUGCCUGCAGGGUGAUGAAUGCCAUCAACAGUGUAGUGGAGAACCUCCACGAUCCCGAGAAGGUGUCAUCAGUGCUGGCCCUGGUGGGAAAGGCCCACGCUAUCAAACACAAAGUGGAACCUGUGUACUUUAAGAUUCUGAGUGGUGUGAUGCUGGAGGUGUUGUCUGAAGACUUCCCAGAAUUCUUCACGGCAGAGGUGCAGAUGGUGUGGACCAAACUGAUGGGGGCGGUGUACUGGCAUGUGACGGGGGCCUACACAGAGGUGGGCUGGCUCCAGGUCUCCAGCUCGGCGGUGUGAAAAGUUAGGAAGAAGAGGUGGUAAAAAAGUUUUCAGUGGACUCAAUGAAAUUUAAAGAAAGGGGAAAAAAUAUCUUUAAAAUGUUGAUGGAGAUUUGCGAGGAUGGUUUCACAGACAUGGACCAGAUUAACAUGGUAAUCCAUGCAACUUUGUUCUUUAGUUUGGAUGCAUUUUGGUGCUAAGCUUUCAUUUCCAUGCUGCACCUCCCAGAGAUCAGAUCAGUUGGACACCAAGUAAUGUAGCCAAACAUCAUUUUAUUUAUCUGCUGUUAGAUGUUCACAUAUAUACGUGGCACUGUGAUGUUAUCACUGCUAAUGUUAACUGUCAGUUCGACUUCCAAACAAACUGCUGUUGCUACUAGAGGCACAUAACACGUCACUUCCUGUGUAGCAUAAAAUCUUCCUUUUUAUACAGCUCCAGAAGUGUUUUUAGUAGUAAUUACAUUUCUGCAAAGUUGACUGAUCUUUCUGUUAGUAAGCCUGUCAAGCUUUGCAUCCUUGCAAAGGAUUUAAGGUGAUAAUAGUGGUACAUAUACUUUAUUUACAGACAGAUGAGGACAAAACAGACUUUGCUAAUCAAUAUUAGCUGUGCAAGUUUAGAAAUUUCUAACUCAAACUCGUAAAAGAGUUGUAAACACAUGCGCGCACACGCACACACAAACCCCCAUAUUAUAUACUGACGUUAAGUGGAACACCUGGCGAAAUGGGGCUAGGUUACAGGGGGAUUUAACUUAAUUCUAAUUACCUGUUUUUAUUGUUAUGUUUGAUUACAUCACCUAUGUCUGAAGAGGUUUAUCACACAAACAAUAUAUAUUAUCUCAGUUUGUUCUAAUGAUUUUAUCAGUUCUUGAACAUGGACUUUCUCUUGCUAGUCUAAAAAGGAUAUCCAGGCGACGUUCACGCAUUACGUCCAGUUAACAGUGACCCGACAUCUCUAACGUGGACACAGCUCUCAUAUUCUUUCAACGAAGACUACAAGUUGAGAAAAGACAGUCAGCUGAUGGUUGUUCAAAAUGUUUGCUGGGUAUGUUCUCAGAGUCUCUGUCCCCCAGAUUUUGGUGGUAAUAGGAACAUCUGGGAACCUGUCAAGGGAUGAACUCUAACUCAAAGCCAAAUAAAUUGGCCUUUUUUGUGUUUGUUUAGGUGCUCUUUGAAGCCUUGUUUCAAUUAAA